AGGCAGCCGGUACGUAUCAGGCACUGACAGAUCCAGUUUGAGGCGAAAAUCUUACAUUGCGUCGAAACAAGUUGUGUUGCCAGCUGUUAGUCCAGCUAGCUUAAUGUUAGCUCAAUGUUAGCUAGUCUUGCGUCAAGAUCGAGUCUUGGCAAAUCCCUCACCGACUCUCAUGGUUUUACACGUCCGUUGGCCAUCUUUCGUUCAUGCAGUGUCUAGUAUCCGUGUGAGACAUGCAGGAUAGGUAUAGUGAAGUAGGCUUUGUCCAGCAAAUACUCGGUUUGAAUUUAGUGCCGAGAAAAAAUGGCACACACCGAGGAAACGACACAUCUCUCAGCGACUUCUCAGAGAUGUGGUAUGGAGUGUUUCUGUGGGCAGCGGUCUCCUCUCUGGUCUUCCACCUACCAGCAGCUCUGCUGUCCCUCGCCACGCUGCGGCAGCACAAGAUGGCCCGAUUCAUGCCCAUCGCCAUUCUCCUCAUGGGCAUUGUGGGACCAGUUUGUGGGGGAGUCCUCACCAGUGCAGCCAUAGCAGGUGUGUACAAGGCAGCAGGGAAGAGGAUGAUCUCUUUGGAGGCUCUUGUUUUCGGUGUUGGACAGUCGUUUUGUAUCCUCAUCAUCUCCUUCCUCAGGGUACUUGCCACCCUUUAGCAGUGCUGAGGCCCACCUUGCUGGACCUGAUGCUGCCGGGUGAGUCUGACACCAGUCGCACCUUCUUUUGACGGGACCGGAGUUUAUCAUGGUACAAGACUAGAUCCUGGCAAAUCCUGGGACACAUGUAAACCAGUCAGGCCCCGGACAUGAUGUCGUUUCCUACUUUUGGACCAGGACCAGAGCGGAUUUUAUUCAGCUAUCAAAGAACGAGCAGUGUGUAAACUGGAGGUAUGUGUUAUGCAGCACUAAGCCUUCUGACUUACUGUUGAGCCAUCUGUAUGAUGUCCACUGUAGGACCGCACAAUGCUGCAUUCACAUCAGAGUACGGUUGUCAAAAGUAUCAAUACUUCGAUACUUUUUCAGUACCAUGUGUUUAAAUCGAUACAAUCUCCGUUAAUUAAACAUUCGAUAGUAUUUGAUAGUACCGAAGCUAUAAAAAAACAACAAAAAAAAACAGAUCUACAAUCAGAUUUUCAACCCAAGGCUGCACAGAUGAAACAACGGGGAAGAAAAUCAACUGGUCCUCAAUAUGUGUUCAGUGACCUUUUGCAGGUUGUUAAUUUUUAAAAAAGAAAAAAAUUGUAAUUUUUUGUGUGCCAAGGACUUUUUUUUUUGCCAUGGAGGUAUAGAGUUUCGUUUUUUUCUUCUAGUAUUGUAUCGAAGUUUAAAAUUCUGGUAUCGUGACAACCUUAUCACAGAGCAACCACACACUACAUACAGUGUAAGCUGUUCAUUUAAAAAUACCCUGGCAGUGCGUCAUCAAUUUAUUCCAAAGUUAAGAGAAAACCUUAAAUAAUCUUUAUUAAAUAACUUAAGUUUUCCUGUAUGAUGUGAAGGCAGCGGGAUGCUGUUCUUCCCUGUUGCCAGAGGUUACAGGUUAGCAGCAGGAUUACACUAACCUUUCUCAGGGGCUGUGUGUGUCUCUUUCACUAUGAGUCUGACAGCAGUUUGACUCCAUGCAAUGACUGCAGGGAGACAGAAUAACAGGCAGGCUGAUGCGCUGUUGAGACAGGAAGAUGAUGGAUUUAUGCAAGAUUCUGGCUUUUUCCCUUGAGGCCUUAAUAACUAUUUUCUAACUUCCAAAGUGGUGUUUAUCUUCAGGGCUGUCUUUCUUUAAUACUCUGUCUCUUGCUGCUCUUUUGUUCUUACUCAUAUUUUUUGGUCAACUUAAUUCAAGUCUGACUACUUGUGUGUUAUUGUUGAUUCCAAUUUAGUUAGAUGCACCUACAAUAUGUUCCCUUCUAGCUUUCUCAGCUAAUUUAUUUUAGGCAAGCAUACUAGUGAAGAGGGUUUUAUAGAUUAAAAUGUAGUUUAAUCCUGAUCACAGACCUGCAAAUGCAGCCUAGAGAAUGUCUUCACAGUUUCUAUGCUCAUCUUUAUGGUUUGUUUGUUCAUUCUGAGUGAAUAGAUCAGAGGUUUGUACACAGAGCACCAGGAUGGUCAGAUUACUAAACAAACCCAAAAAUGAGAAGAGCUUUUGAUCUUUUUUCUCUCUUUGAAUGAUAGUAUGUUUUACAGGUGUGUCAUUUCAUGACAGUGAACUGAUUUGUAUGUAUUCAAAAUUAUUUCCAGGUCUUUCUAGCUUUUCAGUCUUUAUGACCAAAUAUGAAUUGCUGAUUUAUUUUUCUGCACUAAAUGUACAUACAAUGUUUCAACAGACGUACACUCUCUUGUAGUUUUUAUGGGCUCAUCAAAUUCCUACAGUCUUCAGUGACUGCUUUUAGCUGUUGUUGGUAGCUGACAGGUGCUUUUGAAAUAGUAUCAUAUGUGCAACUUGCAUAAACAGACAUAAGUAAACUUUACAACUUUUAUUUGUAAAAAAAAAAAAAAAAAAAAAGAUUUGCCGUUUGCUGUUUCUGUAUUAGCAACUACUUAGCAAUGAUUUAAAACUAGCUGCUGACACCACUACCAAAACUGUAUUUAUUGUUGGAGUCACUUUUCACAGUGAAUUGACAUUGGUUUUUAUUUUAUAUUUAAUUUUUAAUUGUCUUCAUGAAAAGCUGUUAUCACAAAUCAACAUCUUGACACAAGCAUCAAGAAAUUAUUUUGUCCAGCCAAAAUAUUUGGGUUCUAUUCACUACCAUUUAAUUUAAAGAAAAUGUCUUCUCUUGACUCUAAACAGGGCUAGAUUAACUCGCUAGAGCCCCCCCAUUCCCCAAAUUAGUUUUAGUCAGCAUAAUAUCAAAAUGAAAUAUUAAACUUUAAAAUUAGGUCAAAUUCAGGAGCCACCUUAAGGCCCAUAUACUUUGAGUUUAGAUUGUGCUUUAAUGGUUCACAUUACCAAACAAAUAUGUAGGGAUUGAAGGUCUGGGUCCCUGGGGCAGUUGCCAGCUUCACCCAGUUAAGAUUCUAGUCUUGACUAUGAAUGUAACAGAAACGAGACACAUGGCAAAAAUCCAGGUAGAAUCUGUGGAGCAGAGUUGGAGUAAUGUCUGUCAGAUCCAAAACUUUUCUUCUUUCAAGGUUUAUUUUUAAUUCUGGUGCAGAUUGUUUUGCAUGUGACAUUCCAAUUGGAAAUAUUGAUUUCCUAUAUUUCCCUGCUUAUGCCAUAAUGAUCCCAUCCUGUAAUAGAGCUCAAACAUGGGAGCUAGUGGGCCAGUUUUAUGUUAACUAUAGUUAGAUACACCAUACACACAGCCCUUAUAACUCAUGCAGUAGUAAAGAGAGAGCAAACAGCAGAUUUUCUCAUAAUCCCCUCAAAGAAUUUCUUGAACCCUCCGAACCAAAGACGGCUUGAAUUCUUCAUGUCCUGUACUUCACUUCAGUUCUGUUACAUCUGAAAGAAUAGUCUCGAAGUGCAUGUAAAUAUGCAACAAAUCAAAUUGAUUCUAGAAUGUAGAAUUGUUUGGCUUAAGUUUAGUUCUGGGAAGUCAAAUCUAUAAAACUAGGAAAGGCCAUAGUUACCUGAAGUCUUCAGAGACCAACAGGAGAGAAUAUUUUUGCUUUUGUCUUCUUGCAGACAAAUUUUAAUGGUCUUAAGCUUUUGGGAAGUGCAUUCAUUUGAAGGGAGAUAAAUGAAAGUAUCAAUGUUUGUUUUUUUCUACAAAGACUUGGUGAUGCAGUGGAAAAUCAAAGCACCUCAUUGAAAUGUCUGGCUGAUGCAGAAACAAAUGAGCCUUGUUUGAAAUUAAGUCUUGUCGACCCCUUGGCCUUGCUUUUUCAUUUUGGAGAAUUUUCUUUUAUAUACUUGUGUAAUUUAGCUCUUUGAGUGUGUAUGUGCUCUCUGGUUCUGUUACAGCAGUACAUAUCAGGGGGGUUCAAACCUAGACAUGGAUGACUUUAGUCUGGAUAUUUUCUUCAGCUGGUACUUAACAUUUUAAAUAUGUCCUAUUUGAAACUAAUUGGUAUCCUCAUCAGCUGGGUAGCCUAUGUGGUAAUUGGGAGCUAUAGGCACUUACUUGAUAUCUCAUUUGAAAAACCACCAACAAGAAGUUCUACUAGUAUGAUUUCAGGGCUUCUUGUAUUGAGAGUAAACGUCAGAAGUAAAAGCAAAUGCUUUAAUGUGAACUGUUGGAGACAGCAGUAAAUUUCCAUGCAUACAGUUGUAUUGCAUUAUACCAAGAGGUACUUCUAAUAUUUUGUCCAUGCAUUUUAUAUCAAUGAGGGUAACCUACCCUCCUUGCAGGACUGUUGUUAGACUGACUUAGUUUUACGUAGGUGGACCUAAUAAACUGUCAAAAUUUAGAUAUGUUGGCGAGAUCAUCAUUUUUAUCUUAAUUUCAACUAUUUCAUAACUGGCAUAGCAAAUCUCAUAAUUUUGAUUCACCAUGAGAACUUUUAUUUUUGUCACUCCCCUACAUUUUUACAUUUCUAUUUUGUUUUUAUUUUUCUGGUAGAAAUGGGCCAUACAUGCCAGCUGUCCAGUACAAAUAAUUAGUUUUGAAAAGAGAACUUCAUGUCAACAAACUUCUUGACUUGAUAUUCUUAAACCUUUUUUGUAAGAGAAGGUGAUGUGAUGUGCACAGUAAACUGGAACAAGCCAUCUGAUUUCAUUGUAGACAUGCUGGCUGUAUUAAUGUUAUGUUUUCUCUGAUAGAUAACCACACUGUAAGAAACGCCAGGUGAAGUAAAUGUCAGAAUAAAAUAACAAAUGUGAAGAUAAUGCUGGGUAUCUACUGUAAUAGAACCAUUUAUUUCCACAUGGUUUGGUCCACAUUCCUGGACUUUUUUUGUUCAGUUUUUACCAGAUUAAAAAGGUUUUAAAAGUUGAUUUUAUUAGAGUAAAUUAAGUGCCAAUGGUAAAUAUUUUCACGGAAUAAAAAUGUUUUAACUAUAA